AUGUCGUUAAAUUUCGAAUCAAUUGUAUCUGAUAUCAUUUCCGAUAGUCCUGCUGGAGAAAUUAAGGAGAUUUAUAAUGAUUUGAUCACAAUUGCAGGUGAAAAUGCUAAACAAACAAUUUUAGAAGCUAUUGAACAGUACAACAUCAAAAACGCCCUCCCAAUUGAUGUUAAUGGUAAAUCUGUUAUUAUCUCUGAGUAUAAUAGACAAGGUACGAAAUAUUUCGAUCCAAAGACCUCGACUUCCUUUUCUGUAGAUCAUUUAAAUCGUACAGGUUUAGAUAUUGAGUCAAAUGAUGUCAAAUUAACAACCUCACAAGAACUUAUAUAUGACUCACUGGAAAAUUAUAUUAAAUCCAAUUUCCCAGGUGAAGUAGCGUUCGGAUUAUAUCCAAUUCCAGAAGAAGAGAAUAAGAUCGCAAUUAUCAUUUUUGGUAACAAGUACAAUCAAGGAAGUUUCUGGACAGGUGAUUGGAAAUCCAAAUACGUAUAUGACAUUGAGGAGAAGAAAUUAACAGGUUCUAUUGCUGUUCAAGUUCAUUACUUUGAAGACGGAAAUGUCAACUUUGAGGCAUGUGAGAAAGUCGAUCUCAAUGAUGUCAAUGACGUGGUUGAAUCACUUUCACAAGUUGAAUCUAAAUUUGAAAAAGAUUUAGAUUCUUCAUUCACCGAUUUAAAUGAGAAGCAAUUCAAGGUUUUGAGAAGAAAACUUCCAAUUACUAGGUCAAAAGUCAGUUGGGGCAAAGCUAUUGGUAACUAUAGGUUGGGUAAAGAUGCCGCUCAAGGUAAAUAG